UAGAACCGAGAUUAUACUCGGACGUCUUAAAAGUUAAAUUAUAAUAUUAUUUAAUUCAUUUUAGAUAAAAAUUUUUUGGUGUUCAUCAAACAUACAAUUGGAUAAAGAAUAUAGUUCCAUCAAUAUGCAAACAUUUGAACCAAAAAAAAAAAAUGGAUCUAGAUUUAUUUUUAAUGGAUGCAAAGAUGUUAAAACGUGAUGCAGGGGCAAUUAUUAAAUUACGAGAGUACAUAAUUGCCAACGACAUUAAAGAAGAAAAUUUAGAAGACCCAGCAGUUUUAACAGCUAUGCUACGUGCGUCAGUGAGAAAAUAUGCGGGUAGUAUUCCCGUUACUCCUGAAUUAUUAAAUAAAUUCAAAGAAGCGAUUUAUGGAAUUUGUUCUGUUGAUAAUUUCAAGACAGUUGAUCUGUAUUUUGUAUGUAACAUCAUAUUGGUCGUCACCUGUGUUGAACAUGUCCUGUACCGUAACGGAGAUAAAAAAGAAUAUGAAAAGUUAUAUCGUGGCGACAAACAGAAAGCGAUCGAGGCUUAUAAUAAACUGUGUGGGUUUCCAGCUGACCGAAUACCAGAUGAAAGGAAACUCAAACAGAUUCUAUCGGUUUUUAAACGGCCAGAGUUUUUUAAUGUAAAUAGUCCCUUGGAAGCAAUAAGAUCAUAUUUGGAAAGCAUUGAUCGUCCCGUAAUCGAUCGGGAACGGAUAAAAAGAUUAAUAAUUGAUUUAACUUUCAGGGAAGAUUACGAAUUUUAGCAUGUCAAAAUUUGUCUACAAAUAUCAUUGUUUCCUUCGAAGAUCUUUUACCUAAUUUGCCCAAGAACGACCAUCAGACUCGUCCAACUGACACAGAUGUCUCAUCGUUCAAUUCUGCCUCGUCACCAAUUAUAUAAAUACCAAUAAACGAUGGGUUUACUCAAGUUUAAUCUGAUGUCCAGAUGGUAUCAAUGUAAAUGUCCAAUUCGAUCUUUUCGACAGCACAAUUUAUAGAAGUUGACGAAAAUUUUAUGCUUUCUAAAUUUUUUCCACUGUAGUGGCAUUGGCUACUGCAGAAAUUUAAAAACGAAGUGUUUGCUGAUUUUAUUCUAUUUAUCAUAACUAUAAAAUUGUAUUUUUAGAUUGAAACAAUGCACUUUUAUUGCAAUGUUAAAUUACUGAAAUUGUAUUGAAAUAUUCAACUGAUUUUGCAAGUUUCGUAAUUUUUUUAAUGUAAUAGGCCGAUUCUCUGUGAAAUCGAA